AUGCUGCGCCGGCAUCUCCGCGUGGCCCCGCCGCUGCUCACCGCCGCAGUGCGGGCAAUGCACGGCAAGCCCACGCAGGCCCACAAGGUGCGCACCCAACACAGUAGGCGCUGGUGGACGCAGUCAAAGGCCCGCCAUCUCACCGCAAUGCCGCACGACGAGUGCAAAUCCCGGCCGCACUUCCCCGCCUACAAUGAGGAUGUGGACCGGCCUAUGCUGGUCCCACCAAACACGGCGUGCUUUAACUGUGAAAAGCCCAUUGAUGAUAGUGACAUGAAUAGCUUUGUGUGGAUCCCAGCGGGUAAUGCCACUGUUCCGACAAAGCAGGGGUACUUUUUUCACUUUCACUGCUUCAAGUGUUGGCGUUGUAAGUAUCGUCUGAUGCAUAAUAAGUUUUACUCCAAAGAUGGAAAGGCGUGGUGUGUGCCCUGCGCCCUCGGUAGAGACAUCCGCGUCCCCACGCGGCGAUGGCACACUUCGUACGUAAAUACACAUCGAACUGGAUCAAGACUAACAGGACACUUCUUCCCUCGUCACAGCCAUCAGAUGGAGUUUUUGUUUGAUCCAAAUAGUUAA